GCACUCCAGCCCGGGCGACAAGAGCAAAACUCUGUCUCAAAAAACAAACAAACAAACAAACAAACAAACAAGAGUAGCAGUUGAAUGCUCCCCAGUCAUGCUCCCCUGGGGUGGGGAAUGCGGGGGAAGGGGCAGGAGGUUGUCAGUGGUCACCCACAGGGAGGCGGUGAGGACUCCAGGCUCAGGACCUGCCCCAGGCUGGGAGGCUAGGUUUGCUGUGGAUUGUGGGGUGGGGUGAGGGAGGCCAGGACGCAGGGGAGAGGCCGGAGCUGUGUGUGGCCAGCGUUGCUGGGGGGGCAUCCACUAGGCAAGGGGAAUAGGAGUGCGCCAGUGGACGGUGGGCGGCCCGAGCAGGGCUGGCAGGCUAGCUGCCCCAGGGCAGAUUGCAGGGGCUGUCGUCUGGAUGACGCUGGGGCUGGUGGGGCUGGGUCUCAGCCCCUCCACCGGUGGGUUGAGACCCCCACAAGGGUUGGAAGCAGGAGGGCUGACUGAGACCCGGGCCCGGUCUGUCCCCAGAUUGCAGCAGGAGGGAGUCCAGGAGCCAGGGUUGCCACGGUGUCUCCAUCAGCCUCGCCAUGAACCUGGAGCCGCCCAAGGCUGAGUUCCGGUCAGCCACCAGGGUGGUCGGGGGACCUGUCACCCCCAGGAAAGGACCCCCUAAAUUUAAGCAGCGACAAACCAGGCAGUUCAAGAGCAAGCCCCCAAAGAAAGGCGUCCAAGGGUUUGGGGAUGACAUCCCUGGAAUGGAAGGCCUGGGAACAGACAUCACGGUCAUCUGCCCUUGGGAGGCCUUCAACCACCUGGAGCUGCACGAGCUGGCCCAAUAUGGCAUCAUCUAGCACCAGGCCCUGCUGAGGUCCAGACCCUCCCCCUCCUGCCCUCUCUGCUCUAAACCCUGCUCAGGAUUCCUGUUGAGAAGUCCCCCUAGCCCAGAUGGCACCUGGACACCAGUGUGGGAUUGUGUCCUCAGGUCCCCCCCUACAUAUUAAUACCAGUCACCAGGAGCCCAUCACCUCCCUCCAGGACGCCCCCUCAGGGGCUGGCUAGGCCCUGCUCAACACUGGGCCCACCCCUCAGUCCUACCCGCAGAGAGGCUUGGCGAGUCUCCCCUCCCAGGGAGAACGGGAAGUGCACCCCAGCCCGGGAGCCUGCUGGACCCCAGGUCAUCCCCUCCUCCCAGCUGGAAAGCCAGGGCAGGGUGUCCCCAGAGUGCCUCUGCACCCCAGCCCCCUGUCCUGCCUCUAUGGGGGUGCAGAGGAGCUCCCUCUCUCUGCAUCCCUUCCCAGGUGGGUGCCCUUGGUUUGGAAACGCUGAGUAGCAGGACUCCAGGUGUGUACAGUGAGCAGAUGAGGCCCCACGCUCAUCACGGCAGGGGGCCAUCCUUCUCAAUACAGCCCGCCCUUGCAGUCCCUAUUUCAAAAUAAAAUUAGUGUGCCCUCGCC